AUGUCUUUCUCAAGGCCAUCAAGGGACGUCCUGCUUCUGUCGCGUCAAUUGACACGGCCGGGGUUCAGAGCACCCCGCCUCCUGCGUUCCGCCCGUACCGUUGCGACCUUCACGCCGCCGCAUCAGGCCAGCGCCAUCUCCCGAAUCCAGACCAAUGUCGACCCGACGUCCGAGGAGUUCAAGGAGAACAAGAGCCAAAUGGGCGAGGUUAUGAAGAAGCUGCAGGACCUGACGCGAAAGGUACACCUCGGAGGUUCGGCAAAGGCGAGGGAAAAGCACCUUGCGAGAAAGAAGAUGCUGCCGCGCGAUCGAGUCACAGCAUUGAUCGACCCCGGCACGACCUUCCUGGAGCUGUCGCCGCUAGCCGCUCAUGAGCUAUACCCGGAGGCUGACGUUCCUGCGGGAGGCAUCAUCACCGGUGUCGGCGUUGUGGAGGGCGUGACAUGCGUGAUUGUCGCAAACGAUAGCACAGUGAAGGGCGGAACCUACUACCCGAUUACGGUCAAGAAGCAUCUGAGGGCACAAGCUGUGGCCCAGGAGAACAAGCUGCCUUGCAUCUACAUGGUUGACAGCGGCGGGGCCAACCUCCCCCACCAAGCGGACGUGUUUCCGGAUCGUGAUCACUUCGGGCGCAUUUUCUACAAUCAGGCAAGGAUGAGCUCCAUGGGAAUUCCCCAGAUCUCGGUCGUUAUGGGUCCGUGCACUGCGGGUGGUGCUUACGUCCCCGCAAUGAGUGACGAGAGCAUCAUUGUUGAGAACCAAGGUCACAUCUUCCUUGCUGGUCCACCGCUGGUCAAGGCUGCCACCGGUGAAGUUAUCAGUGCCGAGGAGUUGGGCGGCGGAAAGAUGCACUCUUCUGUUUCGGGCGUGACAGACUAUUUGGCAGUCGACGACGCUCAUGCCAUCACACUUGCCAGACGCAGCAUCAGCAACUUGAACUGGCCCACAAAGUCACCUUUUACGGCAGCACCUGUGCAGAACUAUGCUGAGCCGCUAUACUCGCCAGAAGAGCUUCUGGGCAUUGCUAGUACAAACUUACGGAAGCCAUUGCCCAUUAAGGAGGUCAUUGCUCGUAUCGUUGACGGUUCCGAGUUCUCCGAGUUUAAGCGUGACUUCGGUACGACCCUGGUCACUGGGUUUGCCCAUAUCCAUGGUUACAAGGUUGGCAUUGUUGCUAAUGAUGGCAUCUUGUUUGCCGAAUCAUCCGUGAAGGGCGCGCAUUUCAUUGAGCUUUGUGCUCAACGAGGCAUCCCCUUGGUGUUCCUCCAGAACAUCUCCGGCUUCAUGGUAGGCUCCGCCGCCGAGCGUGGUGGUAUCGCCAAGCACGGUGCUAAGCUUGUCACUGCCGUUGCUUGUGCCGAUGUUCCCAAAUUCACUGUUGUCGUAGGCGGUAGCUAUGGUGCUGGCAACUAUGGCAUGUGUGGUCGAGCCUACAGCCCCCGUUUCCUAUGGAUGUGGCCCAACUCUCGCAUUGGUGUCAUGGGUGGUGAGCAGCUGGCUGCGGUGAUGGAGACCGUUGGAAAGGCCGACCCCGAGCUGAAGGAGAGGAUAGAACGGGAAAGCGACGCAACCUACUCGUCGGCUAGGUUAUGGGACGACGGCAUCAUCCCUCCUCAGCACACCCGCCAAUAUUUGGGCUUAGGUCUAAGGGCUGCCAUGUCAGGUCGGAAUGAAGUCAAGGCUGGUGAUACCAAGUUUGGCGUAUUCAGAAUGUAA